AUGCAACAACAGCCAAUAUCAUAUCCAUUUUAUAUGGGUACACCACGGUUUCCCUUAUCUAUUCCAUGGUCUUCAGGUUCAUUCAAUGUACCUUCUCCUCGUCGUGGACAAUAUCUAUCCUCAUAUCCAAUUCAUCAACCAUUAUCACCAUUUGUUCUAUCUCAACAACAAAAUCCAAAUCCAGGAAUAUUAUCUGCAUCUCCAUCAUAUUCUAAUAAACGUUACCAACAUUUAAAAAAAUCAACCAGUCAUUCUCAUCGACGUCCUUCACAUCGAUCACUUGAUAUUUCAAAAAGAUCUUAUCAUGAUUCUGAAUACAAUGAAUCAGCUCAUACUCAACAAAGUCGGCCAUCAAAAACGAAAUCUGUGUCUGAUUUUGACCAUAUGUCUCAACUUACUUCUAUUCAUUUACCUAAAGCUCAUUCAUGGCAUACAAUGAUGAAUCAUCGCCAAGCGAAUUUAAGUGUUACUUAUGCAAAAGAAAUGGAGCUAACUCCAAAACGUCGUCGAAAACAUUCACCAAAAAAACACAGAAAAAAACGUUCCCAUAGACGUUUAUCAUCGUCACCAAAACGAAAUCCAUCAUUUAUUAAACAUCGAAAACGAUCUAUACCAAUGCCUGAAUAUGGUAUUGUUCGUAUAUCCACAUUAGAUGAAAUUCCAAUCAAUAAUAAUCAAAUAAAUAAACGAAAUAAUAGUAUUAAUAAUGAUCGUUUAUCGAUGAAAGGAAGUGUAUCGAAUUCAAGUAAACGUCGAAAAAUAUCAAAAGAGAAACCAAAAGAAACUAAUUCAAUAAAAAAUCGAAACAUUACAAAAAAUGAAGAAAUUCGUAUGGAUAUCGAUACUGAAUCUUCGUCAUUAUUAUCCACUAAUAGUUAUUCAUCAUUACAACAACGUUUAAAUGGUUCAUUACGUAAUGAUCCAUUAAUUAUUGCUGCUAUGGAAGAUUUUCGACAACUUCGUCGAACCUCCAGUCAAAAUAUAUCAAUAACUCCUCGUAAUCGAAGUCUUAGUCGUGAUAGUCUUUCUUCAGAUUCAACAUUGCAAUCAUCAAUAAUAUCUCGUAGUCAUAGUCAAUCGAGUUUUACAUCUGUUGAACGUAUAGAAAUUCGUGAAUUAAUUAAAACAGUUAAAACCCAAGGUACAACAUCGUUAAAUGUUUCUCAUCAAUCAGCAACAAUUGCAGUAUGUGUACCAUCACCUGAUCAAUCGAUAAUAACAAAUAUUCAACAACCAUCAACACCAAAAAACAAACCAAAAAAGUCUUGUGUUACAGAAGAAUUAGAUCGUGAAUUUAGUAAAUUACGUGCAAUUGAUCCAGAUCAAGAAUUAACGUAUGUAAUACCAUCAUCAAUGUGUAAACGAAAAAAAACACUAGAAAAACCUAUUGAAAAUGUUCCACCUGUACCAAAAUUUGAUGAACUUUUACGUCAAGUUCAAUUACGUCCAGUUAAUAAAUCAAUAAGACCUAUAUUACCAUUGAAAAAAAAAUCAACAGAUGAUAAUUAUGAAAAUCCAUUAUCAUGUAUUCCUGUUCCACGAAGUAGUCCAAUACCAACACCUGAAAUAAAAAUUGAAGAAACUAAACAUGAUUAUGCCAUACCAAUUAAAAAAACUGAAGAAAAACCUCCACCACCAUUAUGUCAUUUUCAACCAAUUCGUAAGUUUUAUUUAAAUAAACCAAGAAUUAAUAGUGUACUUGAAAAACGAUCAAAAUUUAAUUGGUUUCAAUAUGGUCUAACAAAUCAAAUGCCAACAACAUUUCAACCAAAUCCUAUUGUUAAUAAUCAAAAUGAACUUGGAACAAGUGGUGUUCAAGAAAAUAUUUAUACAUCAGAUAUUGAUAUAUAUAUACCAUCAUCAACUACAGAUAAAAACGAUGACAAUGCUCUUCAAACUCAUCUUGACGAUCAAACUAUUGUAACAGAUGAUUUUUAUUCUGAUUUUGGAACAAAACAAAUAACAGUUUCAUCAUCUUUAAUAGAUGAUUUUUCAAAUUUAUUUACACGUAAACAUAAACAUGAAGUUAAAUUAAAUAAAAAACAUCAACGUUGUUCAAUUAUGUAG